AAUUUUUGACACAGGCGACUUAGUGUUGGCAUCCUUGCGAGUUCUUUCACUUGCCCUCUCGGCAGCAGUCAGCUGGUUUGUCUUUUACAGUUAGAAGAAAUCCAAUCAAUCCGCCAAAAUGAGAAUUUAUAAAGACAAAUUCACGGGCGAUGAAAUGUUCUCCGAUACGUACAAAAUCAAAUUAAUAGACGAAGUUAUCUACGAAGUGUACGGUAAAUUAGUGCAACGUAAACAAGGAGACGUCCAGAUAGAGGGUUUCAAUCCGUCUGCGGAAGAUGCUGACGAAGGCACCGAGGAAGCUGUCGAGAGCGGCGUCGACAUUGUGUUAAACCACAGACUGCAAGAAACGUUUGCUUUUCCCGAUAAAAAAUCGUAUACCUUAUACCUUAAGGAUUAUAUGAAAAAGUUAAUUCCCAAAUUGGAAGAGGACGCGCCCGACCAAGUUGAAGUGUUCAAAACGAAUAUCAACAAAGCAAUGAAAGACGUCUUAUCCAGAUUUAAAGACUUGCAAUUUUUCACGGGUGAAUCUAUGGAAAUCGAAGGUCUGGUGGGGCUAAUGGAAUACCGAGAGAUUAACGGAGAAUCGGUGCCGGUUAUGAUGUUUUUCAAGCACGGCUUAGACGAAGAGAAAUUUUAGUCCUAUUAAUUGUACCCUAACUUAUACUCUUUUAUACAAUCAUGAUUUUUUCCCGAAAGACCGGCGUUGAAAUGCUUGUUUUAAAUUCUGUGGUUGAUUUUUGCCGCGCAUAAUGUUUAUACCUGAGUAAAGAAAAAAUGAAACUCGAAA